GUCCGUGAAUGGCUUGGGGCUAUGGUAACUUCUCGCAUUGUCGAUAUAGAGGGAAGGGACCGCUAUGUUCUGCCACCACAUCGAGCAAUUUUUCUCGGCCGAGAAGGACCCGGGGAAGAACUCACUAUUCUCGCUUGUGCCUUGCCCGUACAGAGUCAAGUAUUUGAGAAUAUCGUCGAGUGCUUCAGAAAAGACGGCCCAAGAGGUGUACCUUAUGAUUAUUUUGAUAAAUUUCACGGGUUCAUGAGUCAGUGUUCAAAUAUCUGGUGGGGAAAGAACUUGGUAAGCUGCUUUCUGCCAACUGUACCUGGCCUUACAGAAAAACUUGAAUCUGGAAUCACAGUUCUAGACGUAGGCUGUGGGGAAGGCGGUGCGUCUAUCCUAAUGGCCAAGCAGUAUCCCAACUCCCGCUUCAUAGGAAUUGACAUAUGCGACUACGCCAUCCAACAGGCUAAGGGUUAUUCCAUUGAUGCAGAGGUCGACAAUGUCGACUUCCAGGUGAUGGACGCCCACUUGAUGCCCGAUGAGUGGGAGAGCAAGUUUGACUACGUCCUCGCGAGCGACUCCCUGCACGACAUGGCACACGUCGGCGUCGUUUUGCGAAAGAUAACGAAAGUCCUCAAGAAUGGCUGUCACAUGUCUGUGUUGGAGGUCAACGCUCGCUCUGAUAUCGUCGACAACAUGUCGAUGCCGUUUGCCUCCACGUUCUACACCAACAGUCUGUUUCAUUGCAUGACGGUGUCGCUGGCUGCGGAUGGCGGGGAAGGGCUCGGCAAUAUGUGGGGCCGGGAGAAGACGACUGCUGCGCUGAAUGAAGGCGGAUUCACGGUCAUUGACGAGUCCGUUCCCGAGGGCUGGUUCAAUAUACACUAUGUCUGCAUCAAAUCAGACAGGUCGACGUCAAUGACGACGGGUCGUUCACCCACUGACAGCGCAACUUCAACGCGUUCAUCAAAGCCGGACAACUGAUCCAACAUCACAUUGGAUGUCCUAAGACAGUUGAAAAAAAAAAACUAAGAUGGGCAUUUAUUGCCCCUCCAUCACGACACAAAUAACAUUGACAUUUACUGGUAUUCAACCAUGACAAGGUAACGUCGUUGAUGAGAAAAACGAGUUCUGUCAGCGUCCGAGUUAUACAGGGAGUCCUAGCAAAAGGCUAACCCAUUUAUAGGUGGGAUGAAUACGUAUAUUGAGCCAUGCAAGAUUGUUGUAUCCUCAAUAAAUCUUGCCCAAUCUUUUUGCGCAACAUGAUUUCGACAUUAACGUUUCGAUGUGUGAUUGUUAAGUGUCAUAUAAUUUAUGAAAGUAAUGUGAAGAAAAAACGAGCCUAUGAAAAUGUAAAUAAAUCAUAAACUAUUUGUCCAUGCUGAAAAAUAACUGGGAACCUUUGGUUUCUUUUGGGGGACGCACUGUAUAAUCGGCUGCCAUAUGUAACGUUACAAAUGCACAUGAUGACAAAAAUCAUGAUAAAAAAGUUAUAUGUAGUUACGCAAAGAUGACAUUUUUUUAUUCAUGAUGUUGUACAGUUUUUAAAGUAUCUGGCAUUGUUAUUUAUUUUCAUAAAAUAACAACCUUAAUGUUCAUGUACAAAAUCAUUUUAUUCAAAAAGUGAUUUAUAUAUCAUAUAUAUAUCAAGAUCAUUAUCAAACGAUUUACAAGUAUAAAGAAGUACCUCUCAGCGAAGCGAAGGUUGUUUAAACUAAUUUCUAAAAAUAUAUGAAGGUAAACAUAUAAAAUAUGAAUAAAUGCUUGAUGUAAACAUUUAACUUAAACGUGACAAGACUGUAUACUGCCUGGGCUAAAUAUUUAUAUUUAGGGGUUUUUUUAAUACCACUUGGUGUAUAUUCUCCCCUUUAUUAUCCACGAAAAAUAGAAAAUUUAAAAUCUGCUGUUGUUGUUGUUUAUACUGCUACAAAUUCACUGAUUAUAUAAUUUUCUUGUGAUUUGUAGUGUCAGGUUUUUAUGUUUUCCUCAUUCACGAAGGUACUAAUGUUCGAACCAACGAACAUCGCGAUCGGAGCGGACUACGGUCGUUGGUGGGAACUAUAGAAUCAAAUUCAUUUUUAUAAUGUUUAUUUGACCCAGAUGGCUAGACGGUCAUUAAAAUGACCAUUACUGUUUUGUAAUCAUACUCGAUGUUGAUUUUGCUUGUAUGUAUUCAAUCACUGUUAUUUAUUAAUUUAAUUAGUAUUCAAUAUGGGUUUGUAAAAUCUUGUUGUAGAUAAUGUAAGUAUGAAUCGUAUAAUUAAUUGUAAAUUUCAUUUACUACAAUCUGACCAUUUCCAUUCAUUCAGUUCCUUGCGAAUUUGCAAUUAAUAAUCUGAGAGUCUGAUUUGCUGUCUCAAAGAUUGACACAUGAUGUUCCCGAAAUUUAUUUGAGAAUAGCUGACCUGUUUAACUAAUAUUGAAGCCCACUCCCUGUGGGCGGUCAUAAGCAUAAGGAUCUGGAUUAAUGAAAUCGUGAUAAUUGUUAUUUUAUUUCAAUAUCAUUUGUUUAUUUUUUUGUUGAUGUUGUUUUGCUUGAAACUGUAGGAUUAUCGUGGAUUUUCUUUUCUUUAUUUAAGCCAUGUCUAAACGCACUUGAGGUUUGUUUGUUGCUUUUUACUUCACACUUUGAUUAUUGUUCAUUUUCUACUCAAACCAUUUCUAAACGAAUACUUUCUAUGAUGUUAUCUGUUCAAUUAGCGGAAGAUAAACGUGAUUUUGUAGGUUAAGGAAUUUAUUGCAAAUAAUCAAUGAUGCAACGUCAACGUUCAAUUGCAAAUAAUGACACAAUAUUUAGGUAUUGCAAAUACACAUUUAUAACGUGCCUGUUCAAGUGUAAUCGUGUUAUUACAAAUCAAAGAUAUUUUCAUGUGUAUACACGGUGAGUAAAUGCAAUGCGUUUCUUCUCAAUAGCCGUCUGGUAAAAAAAAUUGGUAAUCCGUUUUAAAUGCAUCUGUGGUUGUGCCAUUUUAAGUUUGUAUAUAUGCAUAUAUAUAUAUAUAUAUAUAUAUAUAUAUUUGGCGGAAACUGCUGAAGGUCGGAUGUAAAUUCAUGGCGUGGUUGACAAUCAAGAAUAACCAUGGUAACUAUAGAAAUACUCUACCAUGACGUCAUUGGUAGAGUGGAAAAGAAUGCGAGUAUGGCGCCGUUGUAAUUAGUAAAAAUUAAACACGGCUUGCGUGAUUAAUCAUUCUCAAGGUUUUCAUUUUCAACCAGUUUUCUCAGUUCUCUUUCUGAUAAAUCAUGAAAAAUCUAUUUUUAAUGAAAUGACAAAGCCUCUGUAGAUCGAUCCAAUUUUUCAAUGAUUAUUCUUAAAUGUUGAUUUCGUCACUUUUACUAUUUUGAUCGUUACGUCGUACUUCAAUGUGGAGUUUGAUAAUUGGUUUUCGUGCAGUCAUAACACUCACCGUUCUGUAUAGAUCACUGUUAGCCCUUCAUGCUUUCAAAAGCAUAUUCAUCGCGUUCAAUACCACAGUCGGGUCUUAUUUAAUACAAUAAUUUUCAUUUCAAAUCUCCUCUUUCCGAUGAUGAAAAUCUAACGUUGGGCUAGCAGAAGAUCACCAGUUUCGAGUUUGUGCGCCUUUUUUACUCCUGAAUUUGACGAAAGAUUUAAAAAUAAAGAGAAAUUGUAUCAUGUUUUUCAUGCAAAUCUGCAAAAUAUAUUCGUGUCAGCAUAGGGGUUAUUUUAUAUCCAAGGUUGAAGCCGGGGAUUCUAGGUAUUAAUGAGUUACGAACAACUGGUGCCUGUUUAUGCAUGUGCUGGUCAUUUACCGGACAAUUUUCCUUGAAAGUUUCUUAACAUGGUAAAUGGACUGACCCCUAAUUUAUACAUUCCUCGUCGUUUUUUUACAGAUGAAAAAAUGCAUUGAAACACGUGUUUCCUAUAUAUGGAAGCUCAGAGUUCAUUCCAACGCCAGCCAAUGGGAUUCCAAUUAGGCCUAUUGAGAAUCUGCUGUGUAGCACAAGAAUAAUUAUACUCAAUGUAAAGUCAUGAGUAAUUAAGGCGAAGUUUUAAUACGAAACGAUUCCCAUGUAUUAUGAACAUUGCGUUGAUAUUAAAUUUCUCUUUCAAAAUAACGGUUUCUCCGUCUUCAGAAAGUGUACUGUGGUGCGUGCCACUUAAGGGGGUUCCCCCGGUAUUCAGUCAAUGUAUAGGGUGAAUUCAUUUUUUUUUCGUAAAGAAUAUAAUUAUGAUAGGUAAAAUGUAUGCUUAGGCGACUAUAGCAUUUAAUGUGUAUUAUACUGCUGUGUUGCACAUAGUCAUUCCCGUCUACGCAAACCUCAUUGUUUGUAAAUAUUCUGUACAUGUAUGUGUAUUUUGAAUCAUUUCUCAAAAUAUCAAUAUAUUUUCUCUAAAAGUUAUGCGUUUUAUAUUUAAUUGUAAUUGUUUCAAUAAAUAUUUCACUUCAAUGACAA